AUGAGAAGUGGCAACCAGAGUGUCUUGGAGUAUUCUCCGAAACACUUUAUCCUGCUGGGUGUCUCUGAUAGGCCAUGGCUGGAACUUCCUCUUUUUGUGGUCCUUCUGGUGUCCUACAUUCUGGCCAUGUUGGGCAACAUCGCCAUCAUCACAGUGUCCCGGAUCGAUGCCCAGCUCCAAAGCCCCAUGUACAUCUUCCUCAGCCAUCUGUCCUUUCUAGACCUCUGCUACACCACCACCACAGUCCCACAAAUGCUGUUCAAUAUGGGCGGCUCCAGAAAGACCAUCAGCUAUGGUGGCUGCACGGUUCAGUAUGCGAUUUUUCACUGGCUGGGCUGCACUGAGUGCAUCGUCUUAGCUGCCAUGGCCCUGGACCGUUAUGUGGCCAUCUGUGAACCCCUCCGGUAUGCCGUGAUCAUGCACCGCCCUCUCUGCCAGCAGCUGGUGGCUGUGGCCUGGGUCAGUGGUUUUGGCAAUUCCCUGGUUCAAGUGAUCUUGACAGUGCAGUUGCCCUUCUGCGGGGAGCAUGUGCUAAACAACUUCUUCUGUGAAGUGCCAGCCAUGAUCAAGCUCUCAUGUGCUGACACGGCGGUGAAUGAUGCCACGUUGGCUGUGCUGGUGGCCUUCUUUGUGCUAGUCCCGCUAGCUUUCAUCCUUCUCUCCUAUGGCUUCAUUGCCCGUGCAGUGCUCAGGAUUCAGUCCUCCAAGGGACGGCACAAAGCCUUUGGUACCUGUACUUCCCAUCUGGUGGUUGUCUCCCUCUUUUACCUACCUGCCAUCUACAUGUAUCUGCAACCCCCUUCCAGCUACUCUCAAGAGCAGGGAAAAUUUAUUUCCCUCUUCUAUUCCAUAAUCACGCCCACCCUCAAUCCCUUCAUCUACACCCUGCGGAAUAAAGACGUGAAAGGAGCCCUGAGAAGACUCCUGGAAAGGAUGGGGAAACUGCUGAUGGAGAACUGA